AUGCAAGUUGGAUCUCCUCUUGAACAGAGUGCACAGGGGGCCAAUGAUGCAGGCAGGGCCUUGGGAUCGCCACAUCUGGCAAUCAGCACAAAUUUCCAAGGCUCAGGAGUCACCCUGGAGGAGAGACACAGAGAGAGCUGGAGUCAUGUUAGCCUUCUGGAAGGAGAAAAAGAAGCUGGGUCGGGGCUCAGCAGUAACGACCCCUCCACCGAAGAAGAUGAUGGGGAGCCCAAAGUCUGCCGUGUGUGUGGAGACAGGGCCACCGGUUACCACUUCAAUGUUAUGACCUGUGAAGGGUGCAAGGGAUUUUUCAGGCGAGUCAUGAAACGUAACAUUCGGCUGAGAUGCCCCUUCCGGAAGGGCACUUGUGAAAUCACCCAGAAGACCCGGAGGCAGUGCCAGGCUUGCCGGCUUCGCAAGUGUCUGGAUAGUGGAAUGAAGAAGGAAAUGAUCAUGUCUGAUGCAGCAGUAGAGCAGAGGAGAGCUCUGAUCAAAAGAAAGAAGAGAGAACAAUUGGGGACUCAGGCUCCAGAAGUGAAAGGAUUAACAGAGGAGCAGCAGAAGAUGAUCCUGGAACUCAUGGAUGCUCAGACAAAAACCUUUGACACCACAUUCUCCCAUUUCAAGGAUUUCUGGCUGCCAGGGGUACAGAGAAGUCACCCUGAGAUUCCCAAGCCCAUUGCUGCCAGUUCAGAGGAAGAAACGGCCAAGUGGAACAGCAUCACCAAAGAGUUCUACCCCAUCUCUCUACGGCUGCAGGGGGAAGAUGGCAGCAUUUGGAACUACAAGCCCUCAGCAGAUAGGUCAGGGAAAGGGAUCAUUUCCUUGUUGCCCCACAUGGCUGACUUGUCAACCUACAUGUUCAAAGGCAUCAUCAAUUUUGCCAAAGUCAUCUCCUACUUCCGAGAAUUGCCUAUUGAGGACCAGAUUUCGCUCCUGAAAGGGGGCACGUUCGAGCUGUGCCUCCUGCGCUUCAACACGGUGUUCAACGCAGAGACGGGGUCCUGGGAUUGUGGUCGGCUCUCCUACUACUUAGAAGACCCCGCAGGGGGCUUGCAGCAACUUCUCCUACAGCCCGUGCUGAAAUUCCACUACAUGCUGAAGAAGCUGCAGCUGCAUAACGAAGAGUACGUGCUGAUGCAGGCCAUCUCCCUGUUCUCCCCAGAUCGGCCCGGUGUGGUCCAGCGCUGUGUGGUGGAUCAGCUGCAGGAGAGAUUCACCAUGGCGCUCAAAGCCUACAUCGAAUGCAAGCGGCCUCAGCCGGCUCACCGUUUCCUGUUUCUGAAGAUCAUAGCCAUCCUCACGGAACUCCGAAGCAUCAACGCCCAGCACACCAAGCAACUGCUGCAGAUUGAGAACAUCCAUCCCUUUGCCACCCCUCUCAUGCGGGAGUUAUUUAGCAUAAUAGACAGCUGAAUGGCCCCCUCACUUUGAAGGCUGCCCGUCACCGAGCAGGCAGAAUACCUUUGACAGCAGCAAGGCUCUGGCUGUCAGCCCUUGGAUGGACAGAAAUCAGCAAGAGUCGAGAUCUCUCCGUGAUCUGACCUGCAGGGUCCAGCUUUAGCCUCUUGGAUUGGUCCUGGAGGCCGUUCAGGGCUCACUCCCAUCUGACUUUCCUGGAGAAAAGUGAUUGUUUUCCUCUCAGUCUGUAACUCUACCUCACCCUUCAUUUGUAGAUAAUGAAGCAGUUGGCAUAGUAACUCCCUGGCUUAUGAGUGCUGCAGUAGGGCGGAACAGAAGAGAUGCUGCUGGUCCAGAGAUGGAACCAGUGAGACAUGUAGUGAUGCCCUAUGAGCAGGAGAUGGGCAGAUUCAAGGCUCAGCCUUGGGUCUGCAGGACGACACCUAUGUUCAUUAGUACCUCAUUCAUUACUUUCCAUUCUUGGUCCCAAUUCUCCCUACAUAAACCCAGCCUCCACCUUUUCCCAUCUACUUGUCCAGAUUAUUUUGCGAGGAUUUAGCAAUCAAAAUUACAUUCCUUUGGAUGGAGCAUACAGGUAAGGGCAUGUGGACACGAGUGAAGGGAAUGGGAAGAGGAAAGGAAAGGAGAGGAAAAGAGAGGAGAGGAGAGGAGAGGAAAAAGGAAAAAGGAAA